AUGUCUGAAAACUAUUCCUGCAAAGACCCUUAUGAAACGAGCCUAAAUGCUCUUCUGAGUUAUCUUAAGAACGAAGCUCCAUCUACUGGCUUCGCUGUUGGUUCGAAGGGUGAAGGCGAAAACCGAACUCAUGGUCUGGCUUUAUGCCGUGGUGAUCUCUCUCCCAUGGAUUGUAGCAACUGUGUUGAACAAGCAAUCAAUGACAUGCUCAAAGACUGUCCAUAUAACAAAGUAGCCAUGAUUUUGCAUGAAGAUUGCACAGUAGAGUACUCAAACGAGGACUACUUUGGCCAAACCAUGCAUAAUUCUAUGUUAUGCUUGACGUCCACAAAUAAUGUGAGUGAUCCUAGUCCUGAGUGGUUUGAUCAAAAGACACAAGAGUUUCUAAGCAUAAUCUCUCAGGAAGCUGUUUUGGACCCAAAUUUGUAUGCAACUGGAAAAUCAGAGAUUGAUGAGUAUAGCACAAUUUAUGGGUAUGCACAGUGCAAUAGAGACCUCUCUAGAAUGGAUUGCAAUGAAUGCCUUAAUGAUUCACUUGCUUAUCUUAAAGCAUGUGAUGAGAAAAAAGAGGGAGUGAGAGUAUAUAGCGGGAUAUGCAGAGUAAGAUAUGAGAUUUACCCCUUUCUUCAUGAUGAACACUCUUCUACACCUCCUCCUACUUCUUCUCCCACUCCUGAUGCAAACUCUCCAUAUCCUGCACCUGAAGAUGGUUCAGCACAUGGCUUGGAGACUGGGAUAUUCAUUUUCAUUGGGUUACUGUCACUCUUUUCAACCCAUUGUGUUAUAUGA